UAUAUUCCAACAUGGCCUCCUUCAGCUCCUCCGCCCACACCGCCUCCUCCUACCGCCGCCACUUCGGCCAAGGCAGCUACGCCUCGCCCUCCCUCAACCGCUCGUUGCUGGGCCACGGCGGCGGCGCCGGGGGGGGCCACGUCUCCUCCAGGGUCUACGAGGUGACCCGGAGCAGCUCCACGCCGGCCUACCGCGUCUCCUCCAGCUACUUCGGGAAGCCCCCGGGCAACGCCCGCGCCUCCGUCGGCCGCUCCUACGCCGGCAUGGGCGAGACGCUGGACUUCGGCCUGGCGGACGCCCUCAACCAGGAGUUCAUGACCACGCGGACCAACGAGAAGGUGGAGCUGCAGCACCUGAACGACCGCUUCGCCAGCUACAUCGAGAAGGUGCGCUUCCUGGAGCAGCAGAACCAGGCGCUGGCGGUGGAGGCGGAGCGCCUGCGCGGCCGCGAGCCCACGCGCAUCGCCGACCUGUACGAAGAGGAGAUGAGCGAGCUGAGGAGGCAGGUGGAGAUUCUGACCAAUCAGGGGUCCCGGAUAGAGGUGGAGCGCGACAACCUGCUCGACGACGUCGACAAGCUCAAACUCAGACUCCAGGAGGAGAUUCUCCAAAAGGAGGACGCAGAGAACAACCUGGCUGCUUUCAGGGCGGACGUGGACGCGGCCACUCUGGCUCGUCUGGACCUGGAGAGACGCAUCGAGACGCUGCAGGAGGAGAUCGCCUUCCUGAAGAAGAUCCAUGAAGAGGUCCUCCUCCUCCUCUUCUUCUUCUUCUGCUUCUCUCUUUUUGUACACUGCAACAAGAUUACCUUGCCUGUGCAGAGCUACUCCACCCUGAGCUACAGAGAGACCAGCCCCGAGCACCAGCAGCGCUCCUCUGAGAUGCAUUCAAAGAAAACGGUUCUCAUCAAGACCAUCGAAACCCGCGAUGGAGAGGUCGUCAGCGAGUCCACGCAGCAGCAGAAAGACAUCAUGUAACGGUCUGCAGGAGAGAGGAGAAGA